AUGCGUGUCACAAGGCCCAUCAUCCCGUUAACCUCUCUGGCCAUCCCGACGCGUCGUAUUCCAUCCGUCUCGUCGGUUGCCAUCUUUCCCGGCACUUCCCGUCACCCGUCCUCUGGCGCGACAUAUCGUGGGGUGCUAUUCCACAGCCCUCCUUCCGACUUCACAAUUGAAAUGGAUGCAUCCGACACGGGCCUAUGCGCCCUUGACCGUGCUCACUGCCGGGUACUCACUUACCGGUUCUCCGAGACCGAACUAGACCUCAUCCGAGUCUUUAACGCCGACGCAUGCAACGAGUUUGACAUCAACUAUCGCGAGCUACUCUCGUGUGCCUUCGCCGUACAUGCAUGGGCACCGGCGUGGCGAGUCAAGAGAAUGGAGACCCCGCACACGGCCCCCACCCACGUGCACUUUCGCAUCGAUAACACGUCUGCGGUGGUGUGGCAAAACAAAAUGUCCUCCUCGAACACUCGAGCGCAAACGAUCAUACGUCUACUGAGCUACUGGGAAAUGCACUUUGGCCUGAGAUUUUCAUCUUCGCACAUACCCGGCGCCGAUAACGUCAUAGCGGAUGCUGGCUCUCGGCUUUCGAAAGACCACCACUCAGCCUACGACAGACAUCAAUGGUCUGGAACGGAUCUGGCAAGAUAUCUCCGCGAGCAUUCGGUGGCAGACUCAACCUACCGGAAAUAUGAACGAGCGUUCGGCACAUUCAUCACCCGCCGCGGGGUGAACCCGUGGCUCAGCGGCGUCCCAGUGGCGGCGCAAGUCCAGCACGUAUCCGAUUUCAUCCUCAUGGGGUUCCAGCAGGGCUAUGGCUCGGGCCGGCCGGUCCGUAGCGCGACGAUCGCGAACAACUUGAUGGGAGUCCGCCACUUUUUCCAGGCGUCGGGACGACACUUCCGAGUUGACCAUCCACAGAUCCGCAUGCUCCUCAAAGGCAUCAGCCGCCUGGAUAGCCCACCGGAGCGCAAGGCUCCCGUGUCGAUCCAGCUGAUGGAGGCGUGCUUCGCGUCCCUCAACCUUGCUUCCUUCUCGGACCAAGCCUUAUGGGGGGUUCUGUGUCUGGCGUUCUUUUUCUUGCUUCGGAGGUCGGAGAUAACGUCCAUCAGCGGAGGCAAAUUCCGCUGGUUUGCGCUGAAAGCUCAGGACGUGGCCGUCUUCGACCGAGCUGGCAACGCUACCCUGGACGCGAGCGCAGCAACAACAGUGCACAUCAGGCUCCGCGGAUCCAAAACCAACCAGGCAGGGCAAGCGACAACUCGCAUGCUACGACGCUCAGGUCAUCGCUUCCUGUGUCCGGUCCUAGGGGCGCUCCUUCUCCUACGAUCGCGGCGAUCCCUGCCAGCCGAACUGUCGGCGGCCAUGUAA